AAUAAGAGAUUAGAGGUGCGGUUCUGGCAGCAGGACGGAUACAGUUUGCACUCUUGUAGUCCAUAUUCCCUUCCUACUUGCUCCAAUCAGGUUGUGUUUGUGGUCACGGUAAACCGGACGGACAGACGAACCGGGGGAUCUUCAGUGCCAGGCCAGCUGCUUCGAAACUUGCCCAACACCGGCCGACUUUCUCGCUAACUACUUGCGCACUGCGCUGACUAAAGAUGUCAUUUGCCAGUAAAUUCAUCGGUGGCCUAAUUAAUGUCAUCGGCAACAUCGACCCGGCCGCGUUCAUGCCCUCGGAACCUCCUCCACCUCGCAGACCCAUCGCAUACGCCGAGCAGCAUGAGAACGAUGAGGAGAAACAGUUCCGCAGAGUCUUCCAGCAACUGGCCGGAGAUGACAUGGAAGUGAGUCCUGCUGAACUCAUGAACAUCCUCAACAAAAUUAUUGGAAAACAUGGAGAUCUGAAGACGGAUGGCUUCAGUAUUGAGUCUUGCAGAAGCAUGGUGGCAGUCAUGGAUAGUGACAGCACUGGAAAACUCGGCUUCCAUGAAUUCAAAUACUUGUGGAACAACAUCAAGAAAUGGCAGGCAAUGUACAAGACCUACGAUACUGAUGGCUCUGGGGUGAUUGGGGCGGAUGAAUUGCCCAACGCUUUCAAAGCUGCUGGCUUUCCUCUGAGUGAGCAGCUGUUCCAGAUGAUCAUUCGCAGGUACAGCGACGAGAGCGGCAACUUGGAUUUUGACAACUACAUUGGCUGUCUCGUAAGGCUGGACGCCAUGUGCCGUGCCUUUAAAACGCUGGAUAAGGACAACAACGGGAGUAUCAAAGUCAAUGUUCAGGAGUGGCUUCAGUUGACCAUGUAUUCUUGAGCCCAGGAGAGUCCUACUUUGUUUACAUGGUCUGUAGCUAUAUAUAUCACCAUCUUCCAGCAACUUCCCAUUUUAUUCAGCCCACUCACUGUCUGCAAAUGUUCAUUUUGAAGCUGUUAGCGUAUUGUUGAAUGUGCCAUAUUACUUGUAAAGCAAAUAUGAAUGCUGUGUCAAUCAAAGAAGCACAAACCUUCACUGACAAUGGUCACACCGCUGAAGAGAAAGCUGUUAGCCAACAUGAUAAAUUGCAUGUUGAGCUUAAGUCGUUAGCUUUGCUAUUUGACAUUUGCUUUUUGACUGUACUCGAGUCCGAAAUGAAAUGUGAAGCGUCAAAUCCAAAUUAUAGACCACAUAAAAUGUGAAAUAGUUUGGCUGAAUCAAAAACAUUUCAGUUGACAAAAACAUUAAAAUUGUGAAAGUCAGGAUCAAUUUUAAAGGGCAAACCUCUCUCCUCCAAAACAGCCAUAAAGAUGUUUAGUUGUUUGCCUUUUAAUUCACAUUUUAUUUUGCAUUACAUCAAGUACAUUGUUUUAAGUCUAGCCUGCAAAUGUUGGCUAAGUCUUGUAAUCAAUUAAUUUUAUAUAAUAUAUUAUAUAUAUAUAUAUAUUAUAUUAUAUAUAUUAUAUAAUAUAAUUAUAUAUAUAUUAUAUAUAUAUAUAAUAUGGAUGUAUAUAUAUAUAUAUAUAUAUAUAUAUAUAUAUAUACACACACACACACACAUACAAAUGGAAAUUUGAAAUGUUAUCUCUUGUCCUCUCCUGAUAGCAUGUUUUAACAUAGAGACAUUGUUUUGGAUUACAGGCUGAUAGGUGUUUUUGUCAUUUUAUGUCAUUUUAUGUUCCAUAUUAGUCCCACCUGCCCAUGUUACCAUUUGUUACAACUCCAAAUUCUGGGAAUAUGCCUGAACCAGCAUAAUGUGUGAAUGAAUACACAAUACAGAUUUGUAUGCUACUAAUGCAUGCAGCCAAUAAUUGAGGUGCCUUUUCAAAGUUUUUGUCAUUCUAGUUAUAAGCACUUAACUUUUCGUUGAAAUACACACGUGUGCUGUAUUGGAAAUAAAGGUGUGAUCAACGUG